CUCAAACUGUAAUGAUAUUACGUUAGCAAUAUGCAAUGCUUAACACUGACCACAUAAACGAAAUACAAACUUUAUAAAUGAAAUAUCAAAAUGACCAGUCAUUUGCCUCUACUGGGACAUAUUUUAAUUUUUUACCCAGACUAAUAACGUGGUCUGUUCCCUCUUCCAUCCAGUUCUCUUUAGUGUUUGCCAAUGUCGGAGGUGUAACUGGGGUCUGGCCCUGGACAAAGGAAUAGAGCAUGGCUCAAGUGAAAGUACAGACCUCAGCACCCCUGGCUGGUCCUGGCCUCUCCCCCGGAGUUCCCCCGACGGCCAUGGCCAGCCCAGGAUCCCUGGGUCUGCAGCCCUCCGUCAACGGCACAGGCCCGGCCCCCACACCCGCCUGCCCUGCUCCUGCAGUCGGAUAUGGGGACGCCCCUGUGUCUGCUACAUCGCCAGGCCCGCCCCAGGAGAACAUGGCAAACCCUAAAGAGAAAACUCCAAUGUGUUUGGUGAAUGAGUUAGCCCGUUUCAAUAGGAUCCAACCACAGUACAAGCUCCUCAAUGAGAGAGGCCCUGCACAUGCUAAGAUCUUUACAGUGCAGCUGACUCUUGGGGAGCAGCUGUGGGAGGCCGAGGGCACCAGCAUUAAAAAGGCCCAGCACUCCACAGCCUCCAAAGCGCUGGAUGAGAGUGUCCUUCCCAGGCCAGCGCCCCGCUCCCCUAAAGUGGACAUAAACAGCAACCCAGGCAGUAUAACACCCACAGUGGAGCUGAAUGGUCUGGCCAUGAAGAGAGGGGAGCCAGCUAUCUAUAGGCCUUUGGAUCCCAAGCCCAUGCCCAACUACAGAGCUAACUACAACUUCAGAGGGAUGAUCAACCAAAGGUACCAUUAUCCUGUUCCUAAGAUCUUCUAUGUGCAGCUGUCUGUGGGGAGUCAUGAGUUUAUUGGCGAGGGACGUACCCGCCAAGCAGCCAGACACAAUGCUGCCAUGAAGGCCCUGCAAGCCCUGCGCAACGAACCCAUCCCUGAACGGCCACCACAGAGCCCAGAGGAAAAAGGGGAGACUGAGGAAGGCACUGAUGCCAGCAAAUCAGAGAUCAGCCUGGUCUACGAAAUAGCCUUGAAGAGGAACUUAUCUGUUAACUUCGAGGUGUUGAAGGAGAGUGGCCCCCCGCACAUGAAAAGCUUCCUGACUCGCGUCAGUGUGGGGGAGUUCUUUGCAGAGGGUGAGGGCAACAGUAAGAAGCUUUCCAAGAAGCGUGCUGCUCUGUCCAUCCUGCAGGACCUGAAGAAGCUGCCCUUCAUCCCCAUUGUGGAGAAACCCAAGACGCACUACAAGAAACGUACCAAGACCAUCCUCAAGACGGGACCAGACUAUGGCCAGGGCAUGAACCCGAUCAGCCGUCUGGCUCAGAUCCAGCAGGCCAAGAAGGAGAAGGAGCCAGAGUACCUGCUGCUCUCUGAAAGGGGGAUGCCCCGACGCCGGGAGUUUAUCAUGCAGGUGAAGGUGAAUAACGAGGUUGCCACGGGAACAGGACCCAACAAGAAGGUGGCCAAGCGGAACGCAGCCGAGGCGAUGCUUCUGCAGCUGGGGUACAAGGCCUCCACAGUCUCUCAGAACCCCACCGAGAUGGACAACAAAGGCUGGAAUGGACAAAAGGCGUCAUUUACCGAAGCGACGAGUAACACCCAGAAGGGUCUGCUCCACCUCAGCCCCGACGUCUACCAGGAGAUGGAGGCCAGCAGGAAGCAGGGGGGCAGUGCUCCGGGCCCAGGCUGCAACAGUGGAGGCUCUGUCAACUACAUGGCAUCCAAAGACAUGGGGCCUUGCUCUGCCCCGCUGCCCCCAGGACACUCUCCAUACUACAGCAGCUCCUCACCCAGCCCAACCGCUACCAUGGCCAGGGAGCUGCUGCUUAAUGGUCAGUCACCCACAGCUGAUGCCUCCCUGCCCAUGAAGGGGAAGAACUCGGCCCUGCCCUGCGGCGUCUCGGUGCAGCCUGCACAGCAGCUGGACUACCUGGCUCGCAUCCAGGGCUUCCAGGUGCAGUACAGUGAUGCGCAGAGUGGUAAGGAUUUUGUGACCUAUCUGACCCUCUCCCCUGUGCAAAUGACUUUCCACGGCACCGGAAGCACCCUUCAAGCCAGCCAUGACCAGGCUGCUCUAAGUGCCUUGAAACAGCUGUCGGAGCAGGGACUGGACCCGGUGGACGGCCCCAUCAAGACCAGUGAACCAUGUGGGAGGGAGGACGGACAUUAAACAGACUAACUCAGGCACCACCACUCAGGUCUGCAAGGAUUCAAAGGCUUUCGUCUAGGAGCUGACAACCCUGAACCCCUCCUUUUGCAUACACAACACCCCCCCCCACCCUCUUACCCCGAUGUCCCACAACCUACAACCCACAUUGUCCCCACUACCCACAAUUCCCCCACCCUCUUUGCCCCCCUUCCCCACGACUGCCACUGUAUCCUGCAAAACCUGUCAACAUGCAAUAGGGUGGAUGUGCACCGAGAAAUGACCGACUAAAACACCAUUACCUGAGUCUAUGUGAAGACAACGCUAUGUUAACACGUUUAUUGAUGAUUUCAGUCAAAAUUUAUAGGACAAAAAAAAAAAUAAAUAAAACACAAACUAAUGAGAUAAAUGCAUGGUACUGUAUGAAAUCAAGGGAAAUCCAAAGUGAUACACUGCAUAGACAAUUUUCCCUUUGGAUAAAUGUCUGUUGGUAUGGUUAAAACAAAUAUGUACAUCAUGCCAUUGCAACACAAAAGGAACAUUUUUGGGGAGAAACCAACUUGCGUACAGUAGCUUAUUUUUUCGGGGGUAAUAUAUUUCCGGUCUUUUUUUAUUAUUUUAUUUUAUUAAUCUAACAAUGCUUGAGUACUGUAUUUAAAAUUAACCAAUGCCAGUGCUGUGAAAGUUGUAGUUGUUGUCUUCAUAUAUAGUCACCCAGCUUACCUUGUAUGCUGACAUAAAAAAAAGAGUUCAUCUAUCUAUAUGGAUGUGUAUGACUUG